ACCACAAGAGACCCACAGACAAAGGGAAAAUAUAAAAGAGAUGAAGAAAUGAAAUGAAACAGAGAGGUGUGGAGCAUGUUAACACACACACAGAGUCCCCUGCACUGGGCCCCUGCAAGAUGGCAGGGGCAGCUGAUUCUUGCACUCUGUGCAUCUGAAUGGUGGAUCCGAUUUGCUUCUCCUAGAACGUAGUCAAUUCGAUUUGCAUUUUCCACAUUGCAAUCCCCCCGCUCAGCCCUUUCCCAAAGAGGGGGCGAGAGAAAAACCCACCCAGAAGAAAUGCAGCAAUCAGGCUGUGCGCACUGUGACACGGGCGGCGAAGCCGGCUGGGACUGCAGCUGUCGUGGAGCGCCCCCUGCAGGGCGAGGCUGAGAGGUGCAGCCAGCCCACCCGGUCCAUCAGGCAGAGGCUGCCGGGCGCGGCAUCAAAGUGAGAAGCCGCGGAGCGUGAGCUCAAUCAGACGGGAGGAGAGGCAGGGAGCGGAGCGGCAGGGGCUGCUGGCGAUUGGACACCAUCAGGAGGAAGCCCUCGCUGAGCUGACCGACCGCCGCUGGGCUCGCGGCGGGAGGGGGAGGGUGCAGCGCACCGGACCCUGGAGUUAGCCAAGAGCCUGCAAAAAGGGGGCUUUGUGAAGAGGGAGCAGCGGAGGCGAGAUGCACCGGGAAGUACGAGCCGCUCUGCCUUGCAGGACCCGGGAGCCGGCAGGCUGCUGGGGGCUGGCCAUGCACUAAAGGACCCCGCCUGGGGCUUCCCCUGUCCACACACCGGACCGGCAGCUUUGGCGCGGCUGGAAUCGCCUCGCGCCUCCAGGCGCCCCGGGGAAGGAAGGGGGCACGCGUGAAGACCCCCCCCCCCCGCAGCCGGAACCCGUCGGAGAUCGCCCAGGGGCUGCAGCUGGGCAAGGCGGAUCCGGGCUUGGCAGACCCGCUCCCCCCCCCACCCGGCGCUUUCGGGGCACGGAGUUUGCAGAGAGCUGCCCAAAGGGGAGGUGGCGGGCAGAAGGGCACCGAGAGUCGGCUGCGGAGCGCCUGGCGCAGCGGGAGGAGGAGCAGGAGGCGGCGGCUGGGCAGCCUGACCGCUCGGAGAAGUUCCCGGAGGGAGAUUGCCCGGCGGAGCCCGCCCCAGAUGGCACUGGGCAGAGGCGAGCGGAGGCGGCGGCGCUAGCAGGGCUCCCCCGGGCUGGAGAGAGACGGAGCCGGCGAGCCAACGGGCUAAACAAGAAGGGCGGAGAAGAUCGCCGCAAAGAGCCGCCCCCCGUGCGCCCUGGGGCUCCCUGGCCCUGAGGUCUCCCCUCCCCUCGCCCCAUGGCCCCCCGCCGGAGGGAUGAGCCCCGACGGGCGUGAAGGGGGCCGAGAGAAAAUGCGAAACCAGGCGAGCGCGCGGGGUCUGCCCGGGCCGCCAGCGGGCAGGAGGUGAAGAGCGCCCCGGGGGGACGGCGGCCGGCGCCGCCACCGCCACGAACCAAAGAGCCCGGGCCCCGCGCAGCGCAGCGCAGCGCGUCCUUUCCCCUCCCCUGGCUCGGCUGGUGAAGCGCCGCGGGGCCAGCGGCGGCCGGACGGCGCCGGGGCAGCGCGCAAAGGGGCGCAGAGCCUGCGGACCGCGCUCCCCGGGGGAGGAGAGCGCCCGGCCCCCCAGGACGGCUCGGGCCGGUGCCCGGGGCAUGGGAACAAGGGCGCAGGCCCCUGCCGGACGCCGCAGCCCGCUUGGAUUAACUCCCUUGGGGUUUUGCUAGAGAGCCGAGCCGCGGACCCGCCGCCUCUGGAGCCCGGCUGUCUCCCGGGCGUGUGAAAUUACCUCACGGCUCCUUCCAGACCUCCGGCCAUGAGCCAGAGAGUCAAUGGGAAGGAAAACAAAGAUGAAUUUUGCUGUACAGAGAAGGGUUUUUCUGUCCACUGCUUCCAGUCAGACUCAGCCCAUGUCCCCUCCAGCAGGUAGUGCAGAGAAGAAGAAGGCAGCCACAAUGCCUGACUCGCCAGCCGACGUGAAGACUCAGUCCAGAUCGACACCCCCCAACAUGCCUCCUCCACCACCAGCCGUCACGCAGGGAGCCACGCGGCACCCCUCCUUCACGCCAAACACCAAUCAAGAAGCUGGGCCUCCAACGUUUCUGCCUCGCGGCCGUUUUCAUGGUUGCUUGAAAUGGUCGAUGGUCUGUCUUUUAAUGAAUGGAAGCAGCCACUCCCCAUCCGCUAUCAAUGGUGCUCCUUCCACCCCCAACGGGUUCAGCAACGGGCCUGCCACCUCCUCCACUGCCUCCCUGUCCACCCAUCAGCUCCCUCCAGCCUGUGGCGCCCGGCAGCUCAGCAAACUCAAGCGCUUCUUGACCACCCUGCAGCAGUUUGGGAACGACAUCUCCCCGGAGAUCGGGGAGCGGGUGCGCACGCUGGUGCUGGGGCUCGUGAACUCCACGCUCACCAUCGAAGAGUUCCACUCCAAGCUCCAGGAGGCGACUAACUUCCCGCUGCGCCCCUUUGUCAUCCCCUUCUUGAAGGCCAACCUGCCCUUGCUGCAGCGCGAGCUGCUCCACUGUGCCCGCAUGGCCAAGCAGACCCCAGCCCAGUACCUGGCCCAGCACGAACAGCUGCUGCUCGAUGCCAACGCUUCUUCCCCCAUUGACUCCUCUGAGCUGCUCCUGGAGGUCACCGAGACUGGCAAGAGGAGGACACCAGACAGGACCAAAGAGAACGGCUUGGACCGAGACCCUCUGCACCCUGAACACCUCAGCAAACGGCCAUGCACCAUGAGCCCGGCUCAGCGCUAUAGCCCCAGCAAUGGGCUUCCCCACCCCACCCCGCCCCCACCCCCGCCGCAGCACUACCGUCUGGAGGACAUGGCCAUGGCACACCACUACCGGGACACCUACCGGCAUCCUGACCCCAGGGAGCUCCGGGAGCGCCACCGGCAAGUGGCCGUGCACGGCUCCCGUCAGGAGGAAGUGAUUGACCACAGACUAACAGACAGGGAGUGGGCUGAGGAGUGGAAACACCUCAACAAUCUGCUGAACUGCAUCAUGGACAUGGUGGAGAAGACGCGGCGCUCCCUCACCGUGCUGCGCCGCUGCCAGGAGGCCGACCGCGAGGAGCUCAACCACUGGAUCCGCCGCUACAGCGACGCUGAAGACAUGAAGAAAGGCACCAACCCCCCACCCCGCCCCCACAACAGCUCCUCCAACUCCGAGGCCCCCCCAUUAGACACUCACCGGGAGUUUGUGCCCAGGCCCCUCUCUGGUUACAUGCCCGAAGAAAUCUGGAGGAAAGCUGAAGAAGCUGUGAACGAGGUGAAGCGCCAGGCCAUGUCUGAGCUCCAGAAGGCAGUGUCGGAUGCAGAGCGCAAAGCCCAUGAGCUGAUCACUACCGAGCGAGCCAAGAUGGAGAGGGCCCUGGCGGAGGCGAAGCGCCAGGCUUCCGAGGACGCGCUGACUGUGAUCAAUCAGCAGGAGGACUCGAGUGAGGUAGAGGCGAGCUCGCCCCACUGCGCCGUGCUCGCUAGGAGCUGCUGGAACUGCGGGCGCAAGGCCAGCGAGACCUGCAGCGGGUGCAACACGGCCCGCUACUGCGGCUCCUUCUGCCAGCACAAGGAUUGGGAGAAGCACCACCACGUCUGUGGGCAGACUCUGCAGGGCCUCCAGACCUCUGCCGGCGCAGCCCCUUCCUCCGGGGUGGGCUUAGGGGUGGGCUCAGCUCAACCGGACGUGGGGGCCGUCAGCACCUCCAUCACCAGCGUGGCCACCAUGGCCGCCAGCCCCAGCGAAACCGGCUCAGCUGCUGCGUCGCGCUCCGGCACGCCGGCCACCCCAGCUCCUCUGGAAACGGCGUCACGCUAACCGACCCACCGGCCAGCCAACAGAGGGGAAAGAAACAGAGAAACCUACAGAAUGUCACUGCUGCUACUGCUUCUCUCCAAAAGAAAAACUAACUGCAUUCAAUGCAACUUCCUCAGCUACCUGACUCUUCUGUGACCUCCAAAUGACCUCUCGAUCUCUCACAUGUAAUCCUCACGGAUCCUCAAACUGGGCUUUAAGUGGAGUUAAGGCAAAUACCAAUCUUCUCUGUUCUCGCUUCGGUUUUCUAUGAUUUGGGGAGUUAUUAUUAUCGUCGUCGGUUUGUUUGUUUUCUUCUUUUCGGACGAGGAAUUUGUCCGCAAACUCUGCGCACCUUGACUCGGGGAAAGGAAACCCACCAGUCUCUAUCCCACUGGAGAUGUGCGUGUGUGUGUGAAAUCUCCCUCCCGGUGCGGCCGGGGGACGGCAUGAUGAAGGAUUUCGAUUUUAGAAGGCAAGAAACUUCUUCUCUUCUUUUUCGUUUUUCUUUUUCUUUUUUUUUUUUGUAAAAAAAAUAAAAUAAAAUAAAAAAUAAAAACGUCAAACUCUUUGGCUUUAAGUAAAAAAAAAAUCCAAAAAACAAACAAAACAAAGUAAAACCAAGUAAAGGAAGCUUACCUGUAAACUACCUUGCUAGCUAGCCAAGAACAUACCAGACUCACCUCUGCUCCAAAGGAAAUCCAAAAACAAACAAACAAAAAAAUCCAAACUUUUUUUCCACUGCCAAAGUUUUUUUGGUUCUGUUCUUGGUUAUUUUUACUUUUUCGGUUGAUGGUUUUGGUUUGUUUUUUGUGAAACAAGGAGCAGCACUUAUCCCUUUCAACCAAACCACGACGACUGGCCAAAGGCAAGCUGGCGCUCUUGGACUCCUUGCGUUCUUUGGUGGGGUGGAGUGGGUUCUUGCGCUGGACUCUCAGCAUCCACGCAUACCUUGAAGGAGGAAGGACGCGCAUCUGUGGAUUUAAGGAAUUUUAUUAAAAUAAAGCAAAAAAAAAAAGAUACACAACUUUUGUGCGUGUGUGUGUGUGUGUGAUGGGGAGUCAACGUUGUGUGCUCCCUCCCUCUGUGGAUUAUAAACGUGUUUCAUUUGCCUAGGAGAGUGUGCUAAUGAACAAGAACCUUCAGAUCCCGGUCCUGUUCCAGAGAGAGCAUCGUUUCAAACAGAACUGUGACAAUCUGUCGUUGAUUCUCCACUGCUCGUCAGAGUGUGAGCAGAAAGCAAUUGCACCAGAACCUUCUGCUUCUUGUACUCCUCCACUACCUCUCUCUGCUCUCCAUAACCCCACCUCUCUAGCUCCAGUAUCUUGUGACUGCCUUUCAACCUUUCGCAGGAAAAAAAAGACACCUUUUGUUUUUCCCCUUCUAAAGACUCUUUCGAUUGCCUGUAGAUAGACCCCCUUGCUUUUGUGUCUACUUGUUCUCCAGAUGUUUUCUCCAGUCCUGUGAUGAACAUUGUCAUUGGGUCAUUUUAUUUCGUUUUCUCUUUUUCUUUUCCCACCCCGCACCCCCUCAUAUGAUUUUGCAACAGUGUCUAGUAGGAAAGAAAGGAAACAAACAAACACUUGUUCUUAGAGAAGGAAAAAAAGACAAUGUAGAUUAUUUUGCAUUUCUUGCAUCGUGUAUAACGCACAGAGGACGGGAGUGCAAUAUGGAAAGUGACACGACUGCAGAAAGGGAGAAAGCUAGAGACUGCCCAGCCACGGUCAGGGCAAAUAUUGUAUGUUAAUGUGAAUGUAUAUAGUAUUGGAAGAGAUCCAAAAAAUAAUAAUAAUAAUAAUGAUAAUAAUAAAAGAAGAGAUGUUUGCCAAAUAAAAAAAAUUAAGAUAAA